AUGUCUAUCACCAGUCCCGAGAAAGAAGAAAUGCACAAAGAGAACAGUCCUCUCAGCGAGGAAGAUGGAGAAGUGGACGACCAUGAUUCAUCGCCUGCAAAGCCCUUAGACCAAGACCCAGAAGAUCAACGUGUCGCGGAAACACCAGCAGCAAAUCCUGCGCUUCCCAGCGACGAAGAACCUCCUCCAUUACCGGUCGAGGCGCCCCCUGCUCAACCAGUGGAUGAUGGUUGGGAACCGAUCUGGGAUGACCAUGCCCAAGCAUUCUAUUUCUUCAACCGAUUCACAAAAGCGACACAGUGGGAGAAUCCCAGAGUACCAGAAACAUCGAGUCAAGCCGGCCCUCCAGGAGUUGGAAACCAUGAUAGAAUAGCGGGAGCCCAGAGCCCUCCAGCACACAGAGUUGGCGGAUAUGACCCUGCCAUCCAUGGUGAUUACGACCCAAAUGCCGAUUACGCCAAAGCCUACGAGAUCUCUUCGGUGGACAACGCGCCUGGCGCUGCUCCGGGCACAAAUCCUGCCGACGUUUAUGCCGCAUCCGGGACCUUUAAUCGCUUCACGGGGAAAUGGCAGCGAGCAGACCUCAACCCAGAGAAAUUUACCGAUGAGCAAAAGAGCCGGCGGCAGAUGAAUGCCUUCUUCGAUGUGGAUGCUGCGGCAAAUAGUCACGAUGGCAGAAGCCUGAGGGCAGAGAGGGCGAACAAGAAACUGAGCAAGGCAGAGGUAAAAGCGUUCAAGGAGAAGCGCAGGGAGAAGAAGGAAGAGAAACGGCGCGCAUGGUUGAGGGAUUGA